GAUUUUCAAUUUUGUCAAGUUGUCGUACUAGAAAUUAUGGCAGCUCUACACUAAAAAAUGAUUCUGAAGGUAAAAUCCUUGGAGUUGCAUAUUUACGCCUACAACCAAGUACAUCCGUUCCUGUCCUCCUCCCUGAUGGAGAUUAUCACUUGUACAUACAUAAGAUGGAUAUGGCUCAAGUGAAUGCAUGUCGUUAUCUGUGUCAACCGUUUUAUUGUGAGGAUGAUUCACCAAUUCUCUAUGGUUCAAGUAGUGGUUCUGGUUCCGGUUCCAUUGGUAGUACAGUUAGUUCAGGUUCCUUGAAUUCAAGUGGAUGGAGUAAUGUGUUGUCUAUACCGAAUUUUUCAACUUCAUCCUCUUCUCGUAAUCGUAUGGAUACACUGCAUGUACAAACUCUUGUUUGUAGUAGUUAUCAUACUACUGAUGAAAAUCUAACGAAAGUUAUCUUAUGGCGUAAUUAUCAAGAAGAUAUUAUCAUGUGUCUACGUCAAGGUAUUUAUCUGUCAAGAAAAGAUAAUGAAUUGAGAAAAUUUACUCGUUCACUAAUCGACAGUAUGUUACAACUCCUGCUAACUACAAUGGAUGAGAAUUUUCAACAUAUUAUCAAUCUAAAUUUAGGUUAUAGUCUUCUAAUGGGAUUGGCUCGUUGCUACAAAGACUUGGCAAUUGAUUCAGUUCGACAACACUUAAUACACAGUUAUCUUAAUGGAUCUGGAUUUGUGUAUUAUAAAAUAUAUAUACCAUAUCUACAAUUGUUGAAUGCAAUGCUGUUUGAAAUUAUCUCUCCGGUAUUGUAUCAAAAUCAUCCUUAUCCUCCUUCUGCUCCAUUACCACCACUUCCAGUCAGCAGUAAUACAGUUAGUCGAUCAAAAUUGGAUCAGACACUGAAUAGUCGAAACGGUGGGCCAACUAACUACUCUUCCAUACAGUUCUUUGAUUCGAAAGCUGUACAACUCAUAUUUUCUACAAUCCAAUGGGCUUUUUUAAUCAUAGUCCGUUCAAGACAUUUAGAUAUCAUGCAACUGAAUGAUAAAUAUCAAAAGGAAACUGAAUCAUUGUUUAUACGUCAGGUCGAAUCUUUUCUAUCCAGAGUGAUUGAUGUUACCUGUCGUACUGACGAUGUUCUCCUUCGACUUAUCAUAUUUAAACAUGUACCGGAAAUUAUUAAAAGUUUAACAGAAGUUUACCCUAAAUUAAAACUGGCUCAAUUCAUUGUUCGAUUAAUUACGCGUACACUGGAGAGUACUGAAUUACCGAGUCAAAAGAUACUAACUGAAACUAUUCACUCAAGCCUAUUCUGUGAUCCACAAUGUCGUUAUCUGUUAGUGCCAACGAUUCAGACUAGUUUAACGCAUGUUUUCACAGAAAAAUUGGAUAAGGUUCUGAAUUCAAAAAGCAAUGAGAACACAGCAAUAAUGGAUGUUUGGUGUGAUGUCCUUCUAUCGUUUGUGGAUAGUUUUACAAAAGCCACUACUACUGACAUCAUCAGCAUGUCAUCAACCAAUCACAAUACUAAUAGUGUUAGUGCUGAUAAUUUCGAUGAGGAAGGAGAUGAAGAUGAUGAUGAUGAGAACGGUGAGCGCACAUCUAGAAUUUCACUAACGCCAACAAGAAAAUCAUCUUCUACUAUUGUACCCAAUUCACCGCAUUGUGAUGUCAAAUCUGAUGAAAUCUUUUGUCUACUCAUUAAGCGUAACUUUAUCCGAUGGACUAUGCAACAGUUGGCACGUAUUCUCAUAUUUAUCCAUCAGCGUAAUUCCACUCUGUUGUGCUGUAAUUCAUUUCCAGUUGUUGGUAGUGAUGCUAGCAGUAGAAGCAGCAGUAAUAACAGCAGUUAUUGUAGUCGUAGUGAUAGUGGUAUUAGCGGUAGUACAACAUCACCAUCACCAAAUAAAUUAUUACUUCUGAAACCACCUAUUCAUCCAUCUUAUUAUCGGUUACAACCAAUCAUGGGUUGUUUGUCCACUGUCCUCUUUUCACUACUACGAAUGUUAACAAAAUCCAGUUGGAUGGAAUUUCUUCAGUCAGUAUAUCAAAGUGAAGAAGAGUCUUGUCAAUGUACUUAUUGUCAUAAUCUACAACUAGUGGAUAUCUAUGAUUUUCUGCACGAAUUAUUCAAUAUCUUCUGCUUAAUGCAUUUAUAUCCUGCCUAUCCAUCACCAAUGUUCCAGUCUAGAUCGGAUAGAAUUUGGGCAGUUGGUAGGUAUUCAUGGGAUGAUGGUGUUUAUGAUGAUAGACGUUCAGAGAAUUAUGAUCAAAAAGUGACGUUAUCAUUAUCAUCAUCGUUACCAUCACCGCAUCAGAGUACUUCAUCGAAUAUCUCCUCUGUAAGUCAUCGUCAUACUACAGUGUCUGCUGGUAAUCAUCAGAAUAAUGCAGAGUUAUUCUCUCAAUCUUGGAUUGAAAUGUUAGCAUUGAUAUCGAACUCUGAGUUGGAUGUUAUUGAAGUACUUAUAGAGUUAGCUAUUAAACCAUUUUUUGUCGAUUCAAAGGUGGAUAAUAAGUUUUUACUGCCUUCCACACAGUCAUCAAUAACAACCGUAAUCUGUCAGGCAGAACAACGUUUAACUACAGAUUUAAUUGAAUUGCUAGCCCAUUGUUUAACUGGAUUUGCCGUGGAACAAGCUCAUUUAUGUGUAGAAGCAAUGCCUCCGGUGACUAGAACACGUAUCGAUCAAAGUAUAACUAACCAACGUCAUCAUUCAAUUGAUAUGCGACAGAGAGCAUGCAAUCUACUUUUAUCUCUGUGGUAUUCGAUUGAUGAUCGGUCGAAAAUGAAUUAUAUUCAAAUUUUCCUUCCAAAUGUUAUUAAUAUGGCUACAUUGCCACUUCCACAAAUACGUGAGAUGUGUGUUGAUUGCAUAUUGAACGCAUUGACUAUUCAUUCUCCUACUGUGGAGCAUGUAUUUGUCAGUGAAAUUGAUCGUGUUGUCCAGUGGGCUGGUACAGAUUUUGCUGCAGAUAUUCGUGAUCUUUUACAAAGUCGGUUGUUAAACAGUCAAAAUGCUCUGCCAACAACACCUCGUCGUACUACUUCAACCGAAGAUGUACAUAUGGAUCAUAGACAACGUGUAAUAUAUGAUUUCAGUAAACAGAUUGAUUGUCUACUACAUUAUGGUAAAUUUAUUAAUCAUCCAUCACAAAUGAAUGAAAUGUUGGCAUUUUGUAAUUUAAGGAAGUUUUAUGAAUCUAUUAAUCGUAAAGAUAUGAUUCUACGCUACUUAUAUCGGCUGGAUCGAUUGCAUGCAGCCUAUUCCAAUAAAACAGAACGCGGAUACACUUUGGAACUUAUCAGUGAAAAUUACUCGUGGGAUGAAAACAGUGUUGAUAUCAGUGAUGUUUCUCCACAUUAUGUUCAAUAUGGGCAAAAUUCUUCACGAGAAUUACGUGAACGUCUAUUGAUGGAUAGUUUUGAAUAUUUAAAACAAGGCACAGAUUGGGAGCAUGCAAUUGAAAUAUCUAAUAAAUUAGUUCAUUUAUAUCGUGAUAUUAUGCCGAAUUAUGAACGUCUUAGUGAAAUACUGAAAGAACAAGCUGAUCUCUAUAAAAAUAUUGUCACAAAUGAACGUUCACGUAUACCAUUUCGUUAUUAUUUGAUUGAAUUCUACGGGCCAGCUUCAUCAUUGAUUACAGCUAAUCGUAAAUUAAUCUAUCGGACGACAUCUGAUUUGGGUGAUGUGUUAAAUAUGCUAACUGAACAGUUUCCUGAUGCUACAUUAUUGAAUCAACCAUUGACUAGUCAAUCGUCUACACUAACUGAUAAGUUUUGUAUAUUUGCUAGUGGCAAUUUGGAACCGGAACCAGCGAUACCUGAACACUUGGAUUCACGUGUUGUAGAUAAUAAAAUUAAAAGUUACUAUUCUAAAAAUCGUGUCAAAUGCUUUUUAAGACAUCGACCAUUACAACCAACAGAGAAAAAAGAUGGUCGUCUUGUAACCAACACCGAGGAAACACGUUAUUGUAUAACAGAGACAAUGCCAAAUAUCAUUCCUAUUAUGCCAGUGGAUAGAGUAGAAAUACGUAUGUUAAGUCAAACAGAGUGGGCUAAUAAACAAAUCCAAGGCAUUAUAAAAGUAUUACACACGGAUUUGGUUUCAGCUAGAUCACAAGAGGCCAAUAUAUCUCAGUAUAUUGGUAAACUUGUCUCUUCUAUUCAAUCACCUGUCAGUGGUGGUGUACCGAAAUUAGUGAAAGAUGUGGAGUUAUCCGAUGAUCCUCGUCAAGAGAAAUGCUUCUCUCAACUGGCUGAUAGUGUUUUAGAACUAUUAGAAUUACAGUUGGCUUUUUUGAAAUUAUGGUAUACAAUUGACCCACCACCACCUCCUGUAUCACAUCGUCUAUUCGCAAUGCGUAAUCCUGAUAUUUCAGAAAAUACAAGUGGAUCUACUGGCAGUGGUAGUAGUGGUACUGUAGGUUCUGGUAACUACCUACUCCAUGAGAUGAUCGGCUCCUAUGAAGUACUUGUACGUGAUAUGAGUCGAAAAUUCGGUUUUUCUGUUGAUCAUCUAAACGCAGAUAAUCUUCGUUAUGGUCCAAUAUCUACAGAUCGACAGGCUAAUACCAAUUUAUCUAAUGUUAAUAAUACGAAUAUAUUAUCUCCACUUCGUCGUAAUUCACGUUCAUCGCAAAAUAAUUUGAAUACGGGUGUUGCUACAAUCGCUCAGUCAACUGUGCCAAGAGUUUUCUUUAAACCUGAUUACUCUGGAUCGGAACAUGCAACAAUUCGCUCCCUGCAAAGAUCAUUUCAAAUGGCUGGCAGUGGACGUGCCCCUUUAGAAUCAGUCACAUUUUCUCUACCAACAAAUAAAUCGAAUUCCUCCUUCAAUGUAUUGUCAGCAGAUCCUCCACCAUUGCCUGAUCGUCCUCUAUUAACAAGACCAGCUGUUCAAACGAUGAAUACGUCUGGUAGCGGUGGUGGUACUCGACCAACAACUUUAAGCACUCAUAACACCAGCGAUAAUAGUAGCGGUAACCUUCUUGUUAGUGGCGGUAUUAGUAAUCAUGAUGAUCUUGGUACUGCACGUGGAAGGACCAUUACACCGGAUGACGAUGCACACACUCACAAUAUCAAUAGUAGUAUAAAUAAGGAGAAGAAGCAAUUAACUAGUCCAAGUAUAACUUCACGCUUUGAAUCCAGUCCUAAUGUGAUACGUAGUAGAACACGUCCUCUACCCCACUGCCUCCGACACCGGUUCGAUCGUCAUCAAUUACGCGAACAGAGAAUUUAACUACGGCUAAUACUCAGUCGAAGCAGGUGGGGAAUUCGACAAGUAGUAAUUUGAAUAAUGGUCAUGUGACGAAUUCUGAAUCAGCGCCUCCAUUACCUGAAAGAAAAAGUAAAGCCUCUUGUCCACCAGCUAUAUCAACAGGAUGUCGAAGUCAAAAUGAUCCAUCAUCAGAUUUUCCCUAAUGGAUUUAUUAUUAUAAUUAUUCUAAAUGUAUACAUAAUUAACGUAUGUAAUACAAUUAUUGUUCUAUCACUUGAUUAUCUAUACAUACCUAUCUGGUCAAUGUUAUCACCUGCUAGAUGAUGAGGAGGUUGAAGAACAUCAGUAUUUUAAGCGUCAUAAUAAAGUGACUUUUGUAUUACUCCCAGUCACUGCCAUGCACACACACACACACACACACAAGAUAAGCGAGUGUAUGCGUGUGUGUGUGCUUUGUUCACAUAUACCUUCAACUUCAAGCAAAGUAUAUACCUUUCAUCAUGCCUUCAUCACAUUCUCUCUACUGCCCAAUAACUCCUUGCUUUUAUCAAUUCCAAUCUUACUGUUGUUAGGGUACUGAGAGCCGGUGAUGAUCGCUUCUCUCAAUACUACUUAUAAUAUAAUAUGAUUCUUGUUAUCCUUCAAUCAGCAGUAGUAUACCUCAUUUCGCAUCAAUUUUUUAUAUAUUAUACAUAUUCAUUUGUUUGUUUUUGUCUUUUAUUUUCUUUUGAAGGUGGAAAACUGUUGACAAUCAUCUUGUUUGUUAUUCUUAUUAUUACUAUUAUACCGAUGGGGUUGUUUGUAUUACCUUGGCAUUUUUUCCCUCUCUCUGUGUGCUGUUACUAUUACUGCUGUCAAGUUUUAUGCCUUUCGUUGUUUGAUUUCUUGCCAGUUGGUAUUAUCAUCAUCGUUUCAUGGUGUACUUGUGAGUUCCCCUGUUGAUUCAGUUGAUCAGUUAGGUUGGUUGGUCUGUUUAUUUGUAUCCGAUGAAAAGCAAUGCAUCAUUUUUACAAUUAUUAUGAUUAUCUAUCUUUAUGGGUGGUGGUAUUUACUGGUUUACUCUAAUUUAUUUCUACUAGAUUUCUGUCGAUCUCAACUAAUAUACGAUUAUAACUAUUUCCUAUCAUGAAUCCCAAUUGUGAAAUAUUCUGUUAAUUGGCACUUGUAUAUUCAAUUAAAUUGAAUAACUGUUGUUUUC